AAUUUCGACGGCGAGUUUUACGGAGUCCUGAAACAACAGCACCCUCCACGCGAGGCGGCUAUAACAAGUGCUAGGAGGGACAUCGGGGUAUUCGUGUUCGUGAUUCCAAUUCAAGAAUUUGGGUUUAGUAUAACUUUUGAAGAUGGAUUUUCGGGUGGUCUAGGGUUUGAAUUUUAUUCGGGUAUUAAUGAUGGAUUUUGUUUGAAGAAUUUCUCUGUUUUGCCUGAGAGGGCACUAGUUAUGGAAAGAAGUGAACCUACCUUAGUACCGGAAUGGUUGAAAAACGCUGGAAGUUCAGCUGCUGGUGGUUCUAUAUCACAUACAGAUGAUCACUCUGCACCAAGGGUUUCGAGGAACAAGUCUUUUGUGAAUAAUAAUGGUCACGAUUUUGGACGAUCGUCGAGUUCUGAGAGAUCUUCAUCUUCGUACUUCCGUCGGAGUUCGAGCAGUAACAGUUCUGGUAAUUUUAGGUCUUACAGUAAUUUUGGUAGAAAGCAGCGUGACAGGGACUGGGAGAAGGAAACCUAUGAUUAUCUCGACCAAGACAAGUCAGCCAAGGGGGAGCGCAGGUACCAUGAAUUUUCAGACCCUCUUAGGAAGACCUCAGUAGGUAAAUUUGAGAGGGAUGAGAUAAGGCGAUCGCAGUCGAUGGUUUCUGGUAAACGUGGGGACACAUGGCCUAAACGAGUAGUGUCCGACUCAAAUGAUGCCAUUGGAAAGAAUGCGAAUGGUGUGGCAGCCAGGCGCAGUCCCAUUGGAGGGGUGAACAAAAUAGCUUUCGAGAAGGAUUUCCCGAGUUUGGGGGCAGAGGAGAGGGCAGUGACUCCUGAUGUACGGAGGGUUCCUUCUCCUGGUUUGAAUAAUGCCAUUCAGAGCUUACCUGGUGCCUCGGCUUUGAUAGGUGGUGAGAAAUGGACAUCGGCUUUGGCGGAGGUUCCCAUGUUAGUUGGAGGCAAUGGAGCCAAUAUAUUGCCUACGAGUUUUGCCUCUGGGGCUUCAAGCUCGACCACGAGUCUCAACAUGGCCGAAGCUGUGGUUCAGGGUUCUAGUCGUGUUCAGGCCACCCCUCAGUUAUCUGUUGGAACUCAGAGACUUGAAGAGUUGGUGAUCAAACAAUCCAGGCAAUUAAUCCCUGUGACGCCAUCCAUGACAAAACCUCUGGCGUUGAAUUCUUCGGAUAAGCAGAAAAGUAAAGUGGGCCCGCCACAUCACCAUCCCAUAUCAUCUUCUUCGCCUCGUGGUGGGCUAUCAAAGGGCGACGUUCAAAAAGCAUCACCCACUGUAGGGAAGCUUCACGUUCUCAAGCCUGCAAGAGAUAAAAACGGUCUUUCCCCUGUCAUGAAUGACAAUCUGAGCCCAACAAGCGGUGCCAAAGCAGCAGCAGCGGGCUCUCCACUGGGCCCGGCCCAGUUGCUGCCGGACCGUAAGCCCGUAAUGACAGUGCUGGAGAAGAGGCCCACUUCCCAGGCCCGAAGCCGCAAUGAUUUCUUUAAUCUCAUGAGAAAGAAGUCUAUGGAGAGCCCUUCCCCUGCUGCAGAUAUGGCAAACUCAUCGUCUCCUGUGGGCCCUGGUUUGGAUAAGAAUGCUGAGCUGGAGGCCAUGCAUGAGGAGAAAGCCGAGAGGUGCAAUGUUGAUGGAAACAAGUAUUUUGUCAAUGGCAAGAAGCAGCAGAGUUGUGAUCCGAUUAUAUCAGAGGAGGAAGAGGCUGCUUUUUUACGCUCUUUGGGAUGGGAGGAGAAUGAUGAAGAGGGUGGACUUACUGAUGAGGAAAUAAGUUCUUUCUACAAGGAUUUAACUAAGUACGUCAAUUCAAAACCGUCCCUCAAAAUACUGCAAGGCGUGAAGCUAAAAUUUAUGUUGCCGCUGGAAUCACAACUUAAGGUUAACAACGAAAUUCCUGAUUCUAAGCUGGAAUCUUGAGCAUGUGCAGAGUUCCUUGUUUUGAAAUGCGAAGUCUGAUCUUUUGUUUUCUUGGUCGACGUGUGUUUGCUGGUAGCAAAGUAUAUUUAAAAAGAUUAAUAUAGGUUUUUUUGCCCUUUUGCUGGAUAGGAAUAACUGAUUAUCUAUUCUGGUGAUCACUUGCGAUGAUGACCGUUUGUCACUCUCGCGGUCCUUAGCUUUUACUUUGAGACGAAAAAAGUUUGGGUAAAGAUAGUAGAAAUAGGGUUCUUACAUUGCUCGUCUGCAAAGUCUGGGUCUUGACAGUUUUGAAUUUGUCUUCCCAAAUAGGAAUGGAUACCCAUUCAACUGAAUGUUUUUUUUUUUUUUUUUUUNUGUUUU